AUGAUAAAAAAAAGAGAAGAUGAACUUGUACUGCCUCACAAUGAGGUAGGCAAUAUUAAUAUCUAUUCAAUUCAGAAAAAAGCUAAAAUUAAUUUUACUUUAAUAUAUGGAUCUGAAAGUAUUACUAGUUAUAAAGAAGGAAAAGAAUUUUUAAAUGAAUUAAUAGUUUUUUUUAAUGAUAUAUUAAAUCAUUUUAAUAUUAUAAGUACAAUAACUAAAGGAGAUGAAAAAAAUGAUACAAUUUUUGAAAAAUCUAUAAAUAAUGAAAUAAAUAAUAUAGAAGCUUAUAUGUUUGAAUAUUUUCGAUCCAAAUUAUUAAAAACGAAGAAGAAAAAUAAAGACGGAAAUUCUGAAAAAAAAUGCAAAAAUGAAAAAGCAGAUAAUGAAUCACCAAAAUGUAACAACGAAGUAAAAGAUAUUUUUGACAAUUUAAAAAAGUAUGAAAAAAAUAUAAUUAAAUGUGGUAAUACACAUUUUAAUAAUUAUUUAAAUUGCUCUAUAGAAAAUAAUAUUAGUGAAAUUAAUUUUGACUUUGUUAAUGGAAACGAAUUUGAUAAUUAUACAUUUUUUGAAAAUAGUGAAAAUAAUGAUUUAAAUAUUUUGUUUAUGUUUAUUAGUACAUAUAAUUUUGGAGCAUUUCCAGCAAAUUGUUAUAAAUUAGAAGAUGCUCUAACUGAUUUAGUUAAUGAUUUUAGAAUUGAAAAAAAUUAUUUAAAAAAUAUUUUUUAUAGUUGUGUUGGUUUUGGAAAUAAAGAAUAUGGAAAUGCAUAUUUCUGUACCCCUAUUAAAAAAUGUGAUAAAUUUUUAUCAUCAUUAGGAGCAAAUAAAUUAGAAAAGACUUUAAAGUUAUGUUCAACUAUGGAUAAUGAAAAAGAAAUUAUACAAUGGAAAUCUAACUUGUUAACAAAAAUAUGUUUAUCUCUUUUUUUAUACAAUUUUAAUUACACUAAAUUUAGUAAUAACUUUUUUCAUUACUCAAAUAGGAAAAACUAUAAUACUUUGAAAUAUUAUUGUACAUAUUUUUGUAAGAAAAAAGAGGAUGUAAAAAGUAUGGCCAUUAAUAAUGAUAGGGAAAAUAAACAAACAACCAAAUCAUCAGGCAAUAAUAAUAUUAAUAAAUGUGAAUGUAUAAGCAAUGAUAUGUCCUUGAAAUAUUUGGACACACCAAAAGAGCCAAAUAAUGAUCAGAACAAAUUAAUUAAUAACAUCAAUGGUCAUAUUUCAUUUUUCACAUCUAACACAGAUGUAAAUAGUACUGAGAAGUGUGGAUGCACUUCUAAUAAUUGCUCGAAUGGAAAUGAUAAAUAUAUUAACAAAAAAAAAAUCAUAAAUAAUAAUUUUGAAACACCAAUUAUAAACGAAUGCUGUAAAAAAGAAUAUGAUAAAAAUAUCGAAAAUGACGAAUUAAUUAAUAGCGAUUUUAACAGUGAAUCUAUGAGUGAAAAUAUUGACGAAAUAAAUUGUAAUAGUUCAGAAGAAUUAGAAGAUUUAUUAUCAAACAAAAUAAAAGAUAUGUUAACAGAUAACCAAAGAACAAAAUUAACAAAAGAAGGGUAUAAAAUAAUUGGGUCGCAUAGUGCAGUAAAAUUAUGUAGAUGGACAAAAUCACAAUUAAGAGGUAGAGGAGGUUGUUAUAAACAUACAUUUUAUGGAAUAAAUUCAUAUCAAUGUAUGGAAGCUACUCCUAGUUUGGCUUGUGCAAAUAAAUGUGUUUUUUGUUGGAGGCAUCAUAAAAAUCCAAUUGGGACAAAAUGGAGAUGGAACAAAGAUGAAGCAAAUUUUAUAGUUGAUGAAGCAGUUAAAAAACAUAAAAAUAUGAUAAAAGAAUUAAAAGGAGUUCAAUGCGUAAUUAAUGAAAGAUUUGAAAAUGCUAAGAAUAUUAGGCAUUGUGCAUUAUCACUUGUAGGUGAACCUAUUAUGUAUCCAGAUAUUAAUAAAUUAAUAGAUGAAUUACAUAAAAAAAAUAUUUCUACAUUUUUAGUAACAAAUGCGCAAUUUCCAAAUGAAUUAAAAAAAUUAAAAAAAGUUACACAACUUUAUAUUUCUAUUGAUGCACCAAAUAAAGAAGCUUUAAAAAAUAUAGAUAGACCAUUAUUUAAAGAUUAUUGGGAUAGAUAUCUUAAAUGCAUUAAAAUUUUAAAGGGAAAAAAAGAAAGAACUGUAUUUCGAUUUACAUUAGUAAAAGAAUAUAACAUGAUGUCUGAUGAAAUUUCAAGUUAUGCUAAAUUAAUUGAAUAUGGAUACCCCGAUUUUAUCGAAAUAAAAGCUGUUACAUAUUGUGGAUCAUCUGAAGGAUAUCAAUUAACUAUGAAAAAUAUACCUUGGCACGAAGAAGUUUACCAAUUUGCAUUUCAUUUAAUAAAUUCGAAGCGUUAUAUUUCUGAUAUUUACGAAAUUUCAUGUGAGCAUAAGCAUUCAUGUAGUAUUUUAAUAGCUAAAAAAAUUUUCAAAAUUAAUAAUAAAUGGCAUACUUGGAUAAAUUACGAAAAGUUUCAAUCACUUGUUAAACAAAAUGCAAAUUUUACUGCUAUAGAUUAUUGUGAGGAAACACCAGAAUGGGCUGUAAUUGGAGCACCAGAAUGUGGAUUUAAUCCAAGCGAUCAAAGAGUAUAUACAAAAGGGAAAAACAAGAAUAAAAAAAAUAUUAAUACUAUGGAAGUUAAAACAUAG